AUGCUGCGGCAGUCAUUGCAUGUGAUCCUGGCCAUCAGCGCCGUCUUGGCGGCAACACCCCCUCAGGACAUCGAAGUGCCACUGUCUGCAGAUGACGUUUGCGAAGGCGAAGCAUGCAGCCUCUCUUUGCGCCAACUUCGUGGCCUGCAGUCGGAGAGCCCCGUCACGGAGCACAAUCUGACGGAGGCCAAUGCAACUGACGCAGCCGACGCAAGCGAUGUGACAACGGUCGUUGCCUCUGACUCUGACUCCAACAUCAGCGACUCGGUGGCUGCAGAGAUCACGCCAGUGGCAUCGAACGGCACUGCCGAAGCCGCAGACGAGGAAGAUGUGGAGACCCCGGAGUCGCCCAAGGCGGAAAGCGACACGGUGCAGAUUUACGUGCCCGAUCCAUCUGAAACCAUUGAAGACAGUGGCGACGAUGAUGUGGGGGAGACGAUCAGCAAAAUCAACGAGACGUUGAAGCAAGAUCAAAGAGAGCAGGAAGAAGGUGGCACUUGCUGCUUCAGCGGAGAAAACCCGAAAGACACCUGUGGCACCUGCUAUCCGAUGUCCAUUGCAUCCUACAAGAGCAAGUGCUCCCGAAAGAGCAUGUGCCUCGGCGAGUGCCGUGGGACCUGGUGUGAAACCAAAUGCGUUAUGAGUGCCGCUGAUCCUGGCAACAUGUGUGGCACAGCAUUCGCCAAAGGCAUUGCCGUCAGUGACAGUUUCUGCGCUUCGUCCAAAGACGCAUGCAGCAGCUGCAAGGGAGAGUGGUGCCGAGCAGGCUAUGCAUCCAACUUCAAAAUUGAAGAGGACAGCUACGGUCGUGAGGAGAACGUGUACGUGGCACCGGACGAUACCAACGGCUUUUGCUGCUAUCGUGGAAAGACUGGUGCAGAUGGUAUGUGCGGUGCCUGCGCAGAUGUUGCGAAGGAUUCCACAUGCUCGGAAAAGACCCGCUGCGGAGGCUGCGGUGGGACGUGGUGCCCUGGGCCAAAGUGCGUGAAAGCCUUCAAGAACAAAGCAGACCCUUGCGGAAGUGCUUUUCCCGUCUCGGGCAUUGCCCCAGCAGAUGAUUACUGCGCCCUCGAUGAGCAACAAUGCACGAGCUGCAAGGGCGCUUGGUGCCCAAUCGCCAACAUCACGUAUUCCGACGGCACCAAGUACGACCCGAACGAAGCCUGGCAUUCUCAUGGAGACCAGCGAUUGACGCCGGACAGGGCAGCGACUGUCAUGUGCAUGCUUUGCCCGGGUCGGAUGGGCAUGGCAGUGGCAGGGGUCCUGCGUAGGCAAGAUUCGUGGAGAUUCCUCGACCGUUCAUGCGAUGCACAACGGUGCAUGUCACACUCUUAG